ACUGCCGAACCUAGCUCUCUCCUCUCUCACUCUCUUGCUUUGAUAUGGGUUUUACACCCCCACAAGCUAUUGAAACAUGGUGGCAGCGGAAAAGAACUAUAUUAGUCACUGUGUGGUUUGUGUUUAACCCUACUUUUCAUUGACAAAUGACUCUCUGUGCCGAACUAACACCCGGCGGUUUACCGUGUGUAGAAAAAAACACGUGGAUCGAGCGUGUUGCAUAUUCAAGGAUCAAGUGGUACAUACUGAUUGAAUCUGACUGGAUUAUUGACAUAAACUGUUAUCUUUAUCUUACUUGAAACAUUUAAAUUCAAGUCAAUAAAAUGAAUUCUAACUCUGACAUUUGAAAAUGUCAUCUGACGAAUCUACGGAAGCUCAGUCUAGUCAAAAUAUGGCGACUACUGUCAAUGAUGCGAGUCAUAUUAGACCGCCUGAACCUCUGAAAUUAGGGGAUGAUCCUGUUAAAAACUGGACAUUAUGGAAACAAAUGUGGGGCCAUUACUGUGUAAUCACCGGUAAGAGUGAUGAAACUUGUAAUAUGAAAAUCUUCAGAUCUUACUUAAUUUCUACUAUGGGAGUAGAAGGACUACAAAUCUACAACUCAUGUGAUCCUUCAGAAACUGACUCUGUAAAGAACAUUAUUGAGAAGAUUGAUUCACACAUUCUUGGUGAAAGCAAUGAGACUUUUGAAAGAUACAAGUUUAAUACUAGAAGUCAGCAACCAAAUGAGAAUGUUGAUACUUAUGUAGCAGCUAUUAAGCAGCUUAUGAAAACUUGCAACUUUUGUAAUUGCCUUAGAGACUCUCUUACUAGGGACAGAAUUGUUCUGGGCAUAUCUGAUGCCAAUACUCGUAAACGCUUACUUCAGGAGCGCAACCUGACACUUGCAAAAUGCAUAGACAUUUGUCGAAGUCAUGAAAACACAGCAUCUCAGUUGAAAGUAAUAACAGCAGAAGUAAACAAAGUCACAAGACAAACACCACACGUCAAAAUAUCACAGAGAAAGCAAACAACAUAAUAACCCCAAACCUGCUUACAGAGGUACACACAACAGUCAAAGGUCAAAUACUUACCAGGGACAACAGCCACGACUAAACACCUGCAAGUUUUGUGGUAGAGAACAUGUAUUUUGCAAAGAACUUUGUCCAGCAUGGGGAAAGACCUGUAAGUUAUGCAAGAGACAAAACCACUGACAUAUGUUGCACAUUCAGCCAGAAACCUGUUCAUGGGGUACAAGUCCAAGAUGAUUGCUCUCACAAUACAGAUGUAUCAGAAGAUGGCUAAGUAUUUACUCUCUCAGAAAUACAGACAGUUGUCAACAAAGUUAACACACCAGAUACAGAUCUUAUCUUAGCGAAUAUGAUUGUUGAUGACAAGAAAACAGUGACAUUCCAAGCUGACUGUGGCUCAACAGUGAACAUUAUCCCUGUCAAGUUUGUGAACUGUGCAUUACAGGACAGUGAAACACAAUUGAGAAUGUACAAUCAAACUCUCACAAAGCCACUAGGAAAGUGUAUCAUGAAGAUCACCAACCCAGAAAACAAGAUGACAUAUGACAUCGAAUUUCAUGUCAUCAAAGAAAACUUGACACCACUUCUUAGCAGGAAAUCAGCAGAGCAGAUGCAGCUGAUUGUAACGGAAGUUUACACUCUACACUCGCCACAUCCGGAACAGGAAGUUACCUUGGUCCAUACGGGUUUUUGGAAAGGGAUACUUAAGCUCGUGCGUGCCGCACGAGCGGCAGUCAGCGUCUGGCUCCGGGGACAGGCUUGCUGGAAUUUGUGCACAUGUGCGUUCGGUAUAUGGUGUAACUGGUGAGCAACCAAGAUGUGUAUCUUAUUCUUCCAACUGAAUGACCGAGAGGAAUGUGGCGCCUACCGCCUAGUUCUUGCCAACAACCGAGAUGAGUACUGGACUCGACCCACAUCAACAGCAGCGUACUGGGGGGAGAAGGACAACUGCCUCAGCAGCUUGGACCAGAAGCCGGGGAGAGAGGGUGGGAUUUGGCUGGGGAUCAACAAACAGGGCAAGAUUGGAGUUCUUCUGAACAUACUCGAAGAACACCUCCCCAACAGGAAAGGAAGAGGGUUCUUGGCGAGGGAUUUCAUAGCCUCGGACACAUGUGCUGAAACGUUCCUGCAAGACCUGUCUAAAGACUUAGUCACCUCCCAGUAUAACGGAUUCCACCUUGUUCUCCUUGAAGCAGGAGGCCCACAUCCGCUGGCGAUGUACCUGACAGAGAGUUCUGUAGAAGAGAGAAGAAUGCAAAGGCUGCCACUCGGAGAUCCCCAUGCCUUUGGAAACUCAGCUGUUGAUAGGCCUUGGCAAAAGAUUGAACAAGGGCGCCCUCGGUUUCAGAAGAUCAUUGAAGAAAACCGAAGUCCUGAAGCCAAGAACAAGCUGGUAGAUUCCUUGAUGGAUUUCCUCAACGACAAAGGACAAUAUACAGCAGACAGUGUUCUUGGAGCGAAAUGUCAAGACCUGGGCAUUCCCACCCACAUAAGAGACGAGAGGUCAGCUAACGGUGUGUGGUCGCCAUCUAUCAUGUAUGGGACAAGGACGAACACUGUCAUCCUGGUGGACAGCAAUGGUCGGUGUGACUACAUUGAACGAUCCCUUGUGACUCCAGUGAAACAAGAAGAUCCACAAACAACCACCAAAACAUUUUCUUUCCACAUUGACCUGACCUCCAUAUAACAUCCAGCAUGUCUUGUAGUUUAAAUAUGCUACUCAAAAGAAGUUAAAGAACACCCAAAUAAGUUAUCAAAAUCACACAAAAAAUAAAUCGUGGCCACAGGAACAACACUGAUUGGGAAAGAUAUGUAUUUAAUCAU